UGGUAACUGGGAUUGUAAUUUUUUUCGGAAUGACUUAUAUUUGGUGUUUGCAAAGUCCGAAACCGAUGCCAGAGUUAUCUCCAUUAGCUCCUUCAGGUCCUUUGUACAGCUGUAAUAGCUAUAAUGUCGAUAAUUUGAAUGUAGUUGCAAUGGUUGGUCAAGGCAGAUUCGGCAGCGUGUGGAAAGGAAUUGUCAAUGAACAACCUGUCGCUGUCAAAAUCUACACAGCGCACAACAAACAAUAUUUUUACAAUGAACGUGACAUUUAUAGUUUACCUUUCAUGGAUAAUCCCGGGCUUUUGAUGUAUUUCGGGUCAGAUGAACGUCAAACGAUGGAUGGAAACAUCGAAUACUUGCUCGUUUUAUCAUUAGCUCCUCUUGGAUCGCUUCAAUCGUAUUUAUUGGCAAACACAAUUUCGUUCAGUACUUUUUGUAAAAUGGCGAAGUCAAUUGCACGAGGUUUAGCUCAUCUACAUGCUGAAGUCAAACGUGAUGGAAUUGUCAAACCUUGCGUUUGUCAUCGUGAUUUGAAUUCUAACAACAUUUUGGUAAAAGCUGAUCUGUCAUGUUGCAUUUGUGAUUUCGGUUUCGCUCUAAAAACUUAUGGAUCUAAAUACGACUUUAGAGGUGAACUUGUUUCUGCUGAGACGAAAAGUAUAAAUGAAGUUGGAACAGUUCGGUAUAUGGCUCCGGAAAUCCUCGAGGGAGCUGUCAAUUUGAGAGAUUGUGAAUCAGCCCUAAAGCAAAUUGACGUUUACUCUUUAGGUUUGACACUUUGGGAACUUUGUGUUCGUUGUCGCGAUUGGUAUACUUCAGAAGCUGCAGUUCCGCCUUAUUUAGCGCCAUAUGAAGCGGAAAUCGGUAAACAUCCCUCCUUCGAAGAUAUGCAAGUUUUGGUAUCGAAACAAAAGGCAAGACCUCAAUUCCCCCCCUCAUGGGGCGGGGGCUUGGCAAGCAAACUCGCCAAAGAAACGUGCGAAGAUUGUUGGGAUCAUGAUGCGGAAGCAAGACUUACCUCGCGAUGCGUUGAAGAACGAAUCAAUGAACUUUCAAGUAUGAGACCUCGAGGAAAUGCUCCGGCAAUGAGUAGUUUAGCGGCGCCUACAACUCCUUCCUUUAUCACAACAAGCCCGAAUGCGAAGGAAAAUGUUUCAGUUUUGGCGCCAAUUCCAACUGCAGCGGAAGGAUCUUUAUAUGGUUCGUCAAUGUUGAAGAACAAGGAAAUUCAUCCCCCGAUUCAACCGUAUCCCGAAAGAAGCAGCAGCGGCAGUACCCAUGUCACAUACAUCGAAAAAGGAAACUCCGAAGUUCAACAUGAAAUCAUUUCCGGCGAAAGAUCGAGUUCGUCAUCUUCAGGCAGAGACAGAAAAUCACGCGGAUGGCCCGGAGUUCGAGCGAUAAUUGAACGAAAAAUCUUCAAAAACACGAAUAAUGAUGAAAAAUCAAAUUUAGUCGAUGACGCGUUGACAGUUCGCGUUAAUAUGGAUGGCACUUCGUCUCCCGCCAAAAAUGUGAUAGUGAAUUUACGCAACAAAGACAACGUUAUCUCAUCGACGAUCCAUACAGAUCCCGUUGUUAUGCAACGCCCGCGUAAUUUAGACCUUUCGCCGAUCAGUGUGCGUGUUCCUGAGCUCUACAGGAGUCUUCCGGCGACAUCAUCGAGCAGCAAUAAUGACGCGCGACAAAAAUUCGCCGUUGUCCCAACAAACAAUUCGUCGCAUUUGUCACCGACUGUCGUAAUUUCCCGCGCAAAUACGAUAAAAAGCGCCACGAGUAGCACGAGUCUUGAUCACGCGGCGGAAAUUUCGCAGUUAAAGAGACAGCGAUCGCUUGAAAUUUAUCACGAAGUAUUUGGACCGAGUAAGGAGCAAUUAAGAGAUCCAAGUCAGAGAGUAAAAACUCCCGGAGACGUUCCGAAAUCUGUCAGAGAGAAACGCGUGAGAGCGAGUAAGACGCUGAGUUUGUACGACGAUCGCAUGAUGAAUUCCGGCGCUUAUUUAUAGCAUGAGGAGGUCUUGUUGCUCGAAUUGUAG